UACUAUUAUGUAUUUUGAAUUUAAUUACAUUAUUGCCGUGUUUUCUGUCUCCUGUUGACUUAACAUACUGUUUGUGAAUAAAUAGAAUCAUAAACAUCUAUAGGUGUACAGCUUUAAUCUUUAUCGUGUUAGCGUCUUACCUACAAGUCAUACUUGUAGUUUUGUGUUAUUCGUCUAAUUUAAGUAAAUUAAAAUCUAAGAUUAAAAGUUUAAAAAAACAAAAUAUAUCUCUCAAAACUUUGAUGGUUUUUAUUUUUCAAAUAAUGUUAACUAAAUUUUUCUUUAUUAUAUCAUUAUUCUUACCUAAUUUGUUACGUAAUAAAAUAGUUAUAAUUGUGUAGUGAAGUUGUCCUAUUAAACCUCGAUGCAUAUAUGGCACAGAAAUUUAACUAAUGAUAAAUGUCAACUAUAGAAUUUUGAAGCAGUAUAAUAUGUUGAAAAUUAAACAUGAAAAUGAUGGAACAGAAGAACACUCUUUUGAAAAAACGCCUGAAGUCAUAGAACCUAAACUGCUAGAUGUGCAGUUCAUAAACAAUGAAAUUUCUACAAUAGAGGAGUAUUUAGUAAAGAAUGAAGACGACAAUACUUAUGGAAUUUUGAAGCGGUAUAGUAUGUUAAAAAUUAAACAUGAAAAUGAUGAAACAGAAGAACGCCCUUUUGAAAAAUCGCCAGAAGUCAUUGAACCUAAACUGCUAGAUGUGCAGCUCAUAAACAAUGAAUUUUCUACAACAGAGCAGUAUUUAGUAAAGAAUGAAGACGACUAUACUUAUGGAGCUUUGAAGCAGAAUAAUAUACUGAAAAUUAAACAAGAAAAAGACGAAUCAGAAGAACACUCCUUUGAAAAAUCGUUUGAAGUCGUUGAACCUAAACCAUUAGAUGUUCAGUUCAUAAACAAUGAAAUUUCUACAACAGAGGAGUAUUUGGUAAAGAAUGAAGUCGACAAUAGUUAUGAAGUUUUGAAGCGUUAUAAUAUGUUGAAAAUUAAAGAUGAAAUUGAUGAAACAGAAAAAUACUUUUUUCAAACAACGUUUGGAGCCGUUGAACCAAAACCGUUGGAUGUGCCGUUUGAAAACAAUGAAAUAUCUACAACAGAGGAGUAUUUGGUGAAGAAUGAAGUCGACAAUACUUAUGAAGUUUUGAAGCGGUUUAAUAUAUUGAAAAUUAAACCUGAAAAUGAUGAAACAAAAGAAGAGUUGUUGGAAAAAUCGUUUGAAGUCGUUGAAACUAAACCGCUAGAUAUGCAGUUCAUAAACAAUGAAAUUUCUACAACAAAUAAGUGUUUGGUAAAGAAUGAAGUCGACAAUAAUUAUGAUAUUCAUUUUUCGUGUAAAACACAGUCCAAUUGCGACCUAUCUUACAUCAAAAUUCAUAAAAGGAUACAUACCGGCGAGAAGCCCUUUAAAUGCAAUAUUUGUGAAAAAAAAUUUGGUCAGAUAUCUCACCUCAAAACUCAUGAACGCAUACACACCGCCGAGAAACCUUUUAAGUGCGAUGUCUGUGAAAAAACAUUCAGUCAUCAAUCUGCUCUCAAGAGACAUGCACGUAUUCAUACCGGCGAGAAACCGUUUAAAUGCGAUGUCUGUGAAAAAACAUUCAGUCAUCAAUCUGCUCUCAAGACACAUGCACGUAUUCAUACCGGCGAGAAGCCCUUUAAAUGCAAUAUUUGUGAAAAAACAUUCAGUCAUCAAUCUGCUCUCAAGACACAUGCACGUAUUCAUACCGGCGAGAAGCCCUUUAAAUGCAAUAUUUGUGAAAAAAAAUUUGGUCAGAUAUCUCACCUCAAAACUCAUGAACGCAUACACACCGCCGAGAAACCUUUUAAGUGCGAUGUCUGUGAAAAAACAUUCAGUCAUCAAUCUGCUCUCAAGAGACAUGCACGUAUUCAUACCGGCGAGAAACCGUUUAAAUGCGAUGUCUGUGAAAAAACAUUUGGUACACAACAACACCUAAAAAUUCAUAAACGCACACAUACUGGUGAAAACCCGUUUAAAUGCGAUAUCUGUAAAAAAACCUUCAUUCAACAAUCUGAACUAAAGAAACAUACACGGAUACAUACCGGCGAGAGACCUUUUAAGUGCGAUGUCUGUGAAAAAACAUUCAGUCAACAAAUUCAUCUCAAAAAACAUGCAAGUAUACAUUCCGGCAAGAAACCGUUUAAAUGCGAUGUCUGCGAAAAAACAUUCAUUCAACAAUCUGAUCUCAAGAACCAUGCACGUGUACAUACCGGCGAGAAACCGUUUAAAUGCGAUGUCUGUGAAAAAACAUUCAGUCAAAAGUCCUAUCUCAUAAUUCAUGAACGCAUACAUAUUGGUGGGGUACGAUACAAAUGCUCAGCCUGUGACAAAUCGUAUGGUCGCCAAUAUACUCUCAAAAGGCAUCAAGCAAAAGCACACGGCUCAUAGAUUCCCAAACCUUACGUGGCUAUUUGGCAGUUUUAAAAUAGUUUUUCAAAAUAAAUAUGUUAUUAUUUUGCAAUUUUUUUUACUUACGAUUUAAUUCAGAUUUAAUAUACUUUAAUUAGUUUUCUUAUAUAUUUUUUUUUAACUUUCAUAAUCUACACAUGCAAUAUGUUAAAAA